GCGUCUUCGUUGUUAUGGUCAAAGAAACAGAUGAGCAUCCAAGUGUACGAGCAUAUCGAACUCCUGCGGGUGGGAAAUGGCAAACUGGAUUUUCUCGUACGUUCGUUUUCGUAUAAUAAAAACCAGGUCAAGUUGAGGGAGGUUCCACGACUUUUGGUCACUUGCAAUCUUCACUUUUAUAUAGGGUCUUCGAGCAGAUGGGGCAUUGAAUUUUAACGCGGCUUAGAAAAUCGAGACACUCCUUGUAAUUAACUCACGGAGUACGCGUCAUGGCCUUAUAUAAUGUCGUGACAUACGUGCCAAACGAUUUCGUGAUGGAAGAGGAAUAAAUUCGUGAGAUCCUCCAUGCUCAACGGUCCUCCGCGUGGGGAGGUUGAAUUCCAGCUAAGGAAAUACUGUGCAUUGUGGUUUUUUGGUCAAAGCAAGUAGCCAAUGAUCGCUGGAGUCUGAGGAAGUUUAUGUUUAUAAUAAUUUCCGGGCAUUGAAUGUAGCUGUUUUUUGUGGAGAAGAAGAAAUGGGGGAAAUUUGUGGGGUGUUGAAAGUGCGAGUUGUGAAAGGAAGGAGCUUGGCUGUGCGGGAUAUCCGCAGCAGCGAUCCCUACGUUGUCCUCAAGCUGGGCAACCAGGUGGCCAAGACGAAAGUUAUCAGUAGCAAUCUGAAUCCAGUGUGGGAUGAGGAGUUGACGCUCAAUAUAUCUACAACUACUCCUCGCUCUCUUAAAGUGGAAGUGUUUGAUAAAGAUACCUUCACUGCAGAUGACGAAAUGGGUGAUGCAGAAAUAGAUCUGCAACCUCUUGCAGCAUCUGUGAGGAUGCGCAAAGUCCUUAAGGGUACUCCAUCAAGUACUCAAAUUCGCAAGUUGGUACCCUCAAAAGACAACUACCUUGCUAAAGAGAGCUGUAUCCGUUAUGUUGAUGGCAAUAUGAUUCAGGAGCUGUGCUUAAGACUCCGUAAUGUCGAGACAGGUGAAUUGGAGAUGCACCUCAAAUGGAUUGAUCCUCCUGCUAAAUUAGAUGGAAAGCAGUGAUUUGACACCCAACUGAUAACCACAUCUUGUGAGAAUGGCAUAUUUUACAAGUAUCUAACUUCCUUAAUUUUAAGUAUGUGUAGCGGAGUUAUUCUGAGGUGCAAGGGCAUAUAUCUCAAUGCCUACAAGAAUUUUUUCAGUCAUUUCUUUAUUACCCCAGUCGCUUGUACAUAUUAGAGUUUGAAAUAACCUUGGUCCAUUUUAUUGUAUGAUAGUUAUUAAAAUCGACAGGACAUGAAGUACACAAAUUGUGGUCUAAAUUUGAUGUUUCUGCAUCUGCAAAAAGCUUCUUACAUUGUGCA